CUGCCUUUCCUCAUCGCCUGAACCUUUUCUACUUGGCCAACGACGUCAUACAGAACUGCAAGAGGAAAAACGCCAUCGUCUUUCGGGAUACCUUUGCAGAAGUGCUUCCCGAGGCCGCUUCCUUGGUGAAGGACCCGUCCGUUUCCAAAUCCAUCGAGAGAAUCUUCAAAAUCUGGGAGGACAGAAACGUGUACCCCGAGGAAACCAUUCUGGCCCUAAAAGAAGCCCUGAGUACCACUUUCAAAACUCAGAAGCAGCUGAAAGAAACUCUGAACAAACAACCGAAUAAGCCGUGGAAGAAAUCGCAAACGUCCACCAACCCGAAAGCUGCUUUGAAGUCCAAGAUCGUCGCCGAAUUCAGACCCCAGUCUCUCAUCGACGAGUUGCUGUUGUACAAGCGCUCGGAAGACCAGAUCGAGCUGAAAGAGAAGCAGCUUUCCACCAUGAGGGUGGACGUGUGCAGCACCGAAACGCUGAAAUGCCUGAAAGACAAAACAGGAGGAAAGAAGUUCUCCAAGGAGUUUGAAGAAGCGAGUUCCAAGCUGGAAGAGUUUGUGAAUGGCUUAGACAAGCAAGUGAAAAACGGCCCCUCCCUCACCGAAGCCCUGGAGAACGCCGGGAUAUUUUACGAAGCGCAGUAUAAGGAAGUCAAGGUGGUGGCGAACGCUUAUAAAACAUUUGCUAAUCGAGUGAGCAAUCUCAAGAAAAAGCUGGACCAGCUGAAAGCGACGCUUCCCGAUCCGGAGGAGUCUCCCGUCCCUUCUCCGAGCAUGGACGCGCCGUCUCCGACAGGCUCCGAGUCCCCUUUUCAGGGCAUGGGGGAGGAGGAUAACUCCCGGUCCCCGGUGGGCAGGAGCCACAAGACGAGAUCUCCGGAGGCCGUGACGGAUAAUCGGGACGUGGAAGACAUGGAGCUUUCUGACGUGGAGGACGACACGUCGAAAAUUAUCGUGGAAGAGAGGAAGGAGAAGCAAGCUGCUCCCGCUCCGGCCCCUGUGAAGACCGAGAGCGUCCCCAAAGCG